CUGCAAAGAGCAGCAAAUUCACUUUGCAAGAUGAACACAACCAUCAGCAGAUCGUGGAAUAUGGCGACAUCCAGCCCUGCUUCAUCUAUUUUCAUGAAGGGAAAUCCCUCCAGCUUUCCAAACACUGAAGAUUAUGACUACAUUGACUACAAUAACUUGGACAUGACCCUCUUUAAGCCCUGUAUCUUUGAGAACCGUAAAGCCUACUUCCUCCCCAUCCUCUUCACUUUGUUCUUUGUGCUUGGCAUUCUGGGAAACUCCUUGGUCCUUUGGGUGAUUGCGUGUGGUGUGCGUCUUCGGAGCAUGACUGAUGUGUGUCUCCUAAACCUGGCUGUGGCCGAUCUCCUCCUGGUUUGCACCCUGCCCUUCCUGGCACACCAAGCCUGGGACCAAUGGAGAUUUGGAGAUAUAAUGUGCAAACUGGUCCUUGGAGUAUAUCACAUUGUAUUAUAUUGUGGCAUUUUCUUCAUUUGCCUUAUGAGCAUUGACCGAUACCUGGCUAUUGUGCAUGCCGUUUACGCAAUGAGGGCAAGAACGCGCUCCUUCGGGAUGAUUGCAGCUGGGGUCAUAUGGAUUGCAGGGUUUUGUGCAUCCUUUCCUGAUGUUAUCUUUCUUCAACAACAAUUUGUGACCAAUACAACAAUGAUGUGCUUCCCUUUUUACCCUAAACAAGACCAAGAUGAGAAACACUUCUGGAGAGUGUUUAGUUUUUUCAAAAUGAAUGUUUUAGGGUUAUUUGUGCCAUUGCUAAUCCUGGGAUUCUGUUAUUCACAAAUCCUGUGGAGGUUAAUGUCAAGUCGGACCUCAAAGAAACAGGCAAUCCGUUUGGUUCUCAUUGUAGUGGCUGUGUUCUUUUGUUGCUGGGUCCCCUAUAAUGUUGUGGUCUUCUUGAAAGCACUGGAGUUGCUGGAUAUUAAUGUAAAAUGUGCCAGCAGUCAAGCCAUUGCUCUUGCUUUACCAAUUACAGAGGCAAUGUCCUAUUCUCACAGCUGUCUCAAUCCCAUUUUGUAUGUCUUUGUGGGAGAAAAGUUUAGGAGACAUUUGAGGAGGUUAAUCAACAAAACGCCUUGUAGUCUGUGUACAUUUAUCAAGUUCGUUCUACCCCAGGAGAGAGCCAGCGGGUCGGUGUACUCUCAAACCAGCAGCUUGGAUGAGAAGAGCACUGCUGUGUAGAGGAUGUGGUUGCGGUUUAUGUUGGUGAGAAAAUGUAGGGUAGAUGUUGAAUAUUGUGUGCACAAAUGUAAAUACAAUAGAUAAACCAAACAGGUGUAUAAUAGCAGUUCAGUUAUCACGCACACAAUGUUCAAUUUUAUAUUAAAAACAUUUAACAGUGUGUGACAAAGUAGGCAAGGCAAAACAAGUUUAUUUGUAUAGCACAAUUCAUGCAUGACAAAAUUCAAAGUGCUUUACAGAAUAAGAAAGACAUUAAAAUCCCAAUACAACAAAUCAAAACAUAAAUAACCACAAAAGUAAUUAUCAUAAAAUGAACAGAGGAGAGGAGUAAAGUUAAUUAACAUUAGGAAGGAGAAGAGUGCAGAAUAAAAACCUUUCAGUCAGUCAAGUAGGUUCUAUGGUCACUUUAUUCUAUUAUUUGCCAAAUACAACU